UUGUACAUAAUAUAUGUCAGGAUGUGUGUACAUGCAUUUAAUGAUAUGUUCCGAUUGUAAAUUUACCUUAAUUUCAAACAAGUUUCAUAUACUUACAUAUAUAUGUAAGUAUAUAUGUAAAUACAUAUUCAAUGCUUAACCUAUCCUUUUUAAAAUAAUUCUUUUCAUACGUGCUUUGGAAAAAAGGAUUUUCAAAUAAUAGUUGAGUAAAUGGAAACUUGAAAAUUACACGAGGAGAAUGGUACAUUCAAUAAUUAAAUUAGCUGCAUUUAGGUGUCCGUAUACAGUAAAUGUUUCAUGUAUAAAAUUUUUUAAGAGAAAUUAUGUAGUAAAUGUAUGUGAAAAAGCAGAAAAAAAAAUACACCCGUAUAAACAAAUACAUCCUUGGAAAUCAUUAGCAGAAUUUUCGGAAGAUCUUUUCAAUAAUAUAAUUUAUAAUAAAGAUGGAUUGGUAGCAUUAAACAAACCGUAUGGAAUAAAACGUUCAGGUUCAGAGGAAUUUCCAUAUAAUAUACCGAAUGGUGUUAGGUAUACAUUGAAAGAUGCUAUACCAUACAUUUCUGAACGGUUGAAAUACCCAAAUUUAUCUGUAAUUAGAAGUCCAGAAAUGUAUAUGAGUGGUGUUACACUUUUAUCAGCAGAUUCAAAAAUACAACAUGCUGUAGAAGUUUCACUUAUUCGAGCUAAUUAUUUUUCAAAUAUUUAUUGGGUAAUAGCAGUUGGGGUACCUCAACAAUUAGAAGGUGAUCACCGGUUGGCACUGAAGCUGAUGAGAAAUCCUAACUUUAACGGCACAAAGGCAGUUAUUAUUACAUCAUGGACAAAAAAUGAUGAGAAAUUAAAGAGGAUAAAACUGCUAAAGACAAAAUAUAGAGUGUUAUCCAAUUCUAUGUUGAAUUUAUGUUCGUUGAUUGAAAUAACAUCGUCCACUAAAAGAUGGCAUGCAGUUAGAUUGUUUGCAUCAACAUUUUUAUAUACUCCAAUUCUUGGAGAUAAUUGUUGUGGAUCACGAGUUCAGAAAGUUGGCGAUACCUAUCUAAAGGUUGAUCCAUUUCUUGAAUAUGCUAACUUACCGCCGAAAUUGGAUAAGAAACUUCUACAUUUAUUGGAUGUAAAUCCGGCACAACAUAAUAUCAUUCCUGCUCAUCUACAUUUAAGAUCAGUAGUUUUACCGUACUAUUUCGGAGAGACUGUAACAAUUGAGGCUCCUUUAAUGCCACCUUUUGAUUGGACAUAUAAACGACUUGAUUUUAAACAUUUUAUGAUAAAAUAAAUGACAGUAUUUCUCGCAAAUAAUAUAUGUAGAAUUACAGUACAAACAAUGAACAGCGUAGAUAUUAUUUUUAAUUUGUACCAUCAAAUUUGAUAGAUACCUACAUAAUUUAGCA